AGAGAACAUUGAAAACUUGAUAUCACCCUCUAUGGUUGUAGCUUAAACGUUGUAGGGAUGUCUCUCGAGUAAUAGACGAAUGAUCUAUAUCAUUUCAAAGCGCACCUCAGUAACGCACAUUUUAUACUAGCCUCAAUGUUGAUGCAUACGAAAUCUACCAAUCACAAUGGGCAUAAGUGACCUUCAGGUGCUCAACCUAUCUUCAAGCCAUCUACGCCGUUCUCGUACGUCGUUUCCCGCUACCCAUUGCCUCUGACGUGUUCUAACGCUGAUCCUUUAGAAGUUAAUACCAAGGUGACUGAGUGAUAUAAUUUGCGCACUAUUAAUUCUAUCAAUUGUUAUCAUUUGUAAAGCAUUAUUGUGAUGCUCUUUUAGACUUGAAAAUGAAGAGAUCUGAUGACAUGGAUCGAAACUGGCUAUUUUAUCUCGCUCAACCAACUAAAUUAGCAGUGGAUAUUGAAGAACUAACCAUAACACACAAAUUGGAACUCCUUAAACAGGCCUUAUCACAAGCUGAAAUUAGCGAGCGAAAAACCAAUCUUGGCAAUUCUGAAAAUGGUUCCUCAGAUAACUUCUCUACAGAAAAUGAAGCAAUACAUCCAGAUGACGUAUUCACAGAGUCAUCAAAAUUGUUUAAAAAGUCGAAAGUGUUGGAUAUAAUGUCUUUACAGAUUGCUGCAAAUCUAAAAUUCAGUUUAAACUUGUUUCGCGUUGUGUCGGAGAUGCCUACAAAGCUUUAUGCACGUUUGUAUAGACUGUUGGUCACGUAUACUGCAAAAUUUUCUCAAAUUCUUCAACCACAAUUUGAACAGGCAAUAAAUAAAGAAAAUAUUUUCAUCAUAAAUCCUUAUGGUUAUUUCACAUGGUCUCAGUUGAAUCCUGUGACAAUAUAUGGUAUAAUGUCUUACCAUAUUUGGUGCCUUCAUGUUUCUCUUACAUCCAGUAUGUUGCCCCAACCGUUUCGAAAUCUUACUCCAAUUGUUUCUGGUUUAACUGAAAUACCCGAGGUAACAUUUUUUGCUGAUAAUCGUGUUGAAGUUGGUGUUAUUCUUACACGUAUACAAGAGUCAGUAAAUCAAUUAAGUGAGAUCAAUGAUCUGUUAGAAGAUAUCAAUAUAGCCAGACCUCUUUCAUCAGUAUUUUCGACAACAGAGUCGAUAUUUUCUGUUUUUAGUGAGCUGUCGUCAAAUCCAGAAGAUCAAAAUUCAAACUUAUCAGAUUUUGUUUUACAGAAUUCAGAACCUCUUUCCAAAAGUUAUCUUUCUGCAUCACUGAAUUUUGUACUGGGACGUUAUGCUUUUCAACAACAGGAGUUUCAUCGAUCACAAGAGCUUUUUCAAAAGACCCUCAAUGAAAUGCAACUGCAGAACUUUACUUAUCUGAAUGAGACUGGAGCUACACCGAGAUUAGUACAGGCCUACUUAACUGCAUGUUUAUCAUAUACACCCGCAGACCAUAUUUCAGAUGAUAACGCCUCAAUUCCUCAAUCUGACGAUGAAUUUUUACAAUAUUUUUGUUCAGAACUAGAAAAAUGUUCUUCAUCAUUAGAAGUGAAUAAAAAUCAAGUGAUGAAUGUAUUUUGGACUCAAAUAUGGAAUUCUAUUGACAGUGUCCAGUCAGAGUCGUCUUCUGAUAAACACCUACUUACAAUUGAAGACCAUCUUUAUGAAAUUCUACUAAAAGGAUUAAUUCCUGUGAAUGAUGAUUCUUCUAAUUCAUAUAUUCCGAUUAGUUUAGGAAUUCGUCACAAGUUAGAGAAUUUAUGCUUAAAACUGUUGAAUGCUUAUAAUAAUUUAUUGAUGAAUUCAACUGAUACAACUAAUACAGGAGUUGCACAGUCUACAAAGCAGACAAAACAAGCUAAGUCAUCCCUUGAUGAUAAAAUAUCAGAUUUCAUUGCUGUACACCAACUUUUCACUAAGAUAUAUGUAUGCAAUUCAAUUGAACGACUAAUGUCAAAUUCUGUGGAACAUCCACUUAUGUUGGUAACGGAAUUAUUAAUAAAUUUUGACAAAGAAUUGACAAAGAAUCAAACUGACAAAUCAACGUCAUCAUCAUCAUCAGUGUUUCAUAUAGACGCUAUUAAAGGACGUGAAUUUCUAUUCGAUUGUCUCGCCACUAUAAUGCAAAGGCUGUCAUCAAGCUUAAAAAAUUAUUCCACCUCUAACCAGUUUCUUAUUAUAUGCCAGUAUAUCACUUUUUUAGUACAAGAAGGAAUCUGUUCGCUCGGCAGUUUAUCAAUGAUGAAUAAACUGCAUUAUCAUAAACAAAAUUCUUAUCUGCUUACAGUACAAAAGAAUUUUCAGGAUUUAUUAGAAACGCUUGUAUCUCAUAAACUGUGGACACAUCUACCAGUGCAGAAUAGAAAAUAUAUACAAUCUAUUUCGGAGGCAAUAAGUUCUGCAAAUUCAUUUAGCAAUGAUUCAGAUAGUGAGUAUUCAUGUUCUUUCAAUCAUAAAUCCCUUACUGAUCUUCCUGAUCCUGAUUAUGAUCUUGAUUUUAACCUGUUUAAUCUGGAUGGAGGAGAGGAUUUGCUUACACAAGGACCUGGAUUUCGAUUAAAUCAUGAGAUUUCUUCACCGAAAGAUCAAAUUUCUGGACCAUUUAAAUCAUCACAUAUGCCUAAAGGGAAUUCUCCAUUUCAAAGUGUUGGUGAUGUGGAUAUGCGUAAUCUACCACAACAAAUUCCAUCCUUCUCUCAUAUGCCUGUUGUGCAACCUCAUUUAAUCCCUGGACAUGGAUCUUUUACUAGUUCAUCUCUUCCAACGCUUUCCAAAGAUAAUCCACACGCGUACAAAAUUCAUGUAGUGCGCCAUCUUCUGUUAACACGUAAUCCUACGGAUGUAAAUAUGCUGGUGGACAAUCUUUUGCGAUUAGGUGUGACACCAGAUGGAAUCUUAAAAAUUAACGAUUCAUGGCUUUCAUCCUUACAUCUUUUGCUUUCAUUGGAAGUAGUUGGACUGCAUGGUAUUAGCGGAAAUAAUGAGACAAAUCCAAUAGCAUUUUUGCUGUCAUCAUCUGGAAACAUUAUGUGGGCAGUGACAGUAUUGUUACAGUUGGCUAAAGGUUCAGCCAUUAUUCGUCAUGAAGCAGGUACAUUAGAGUAUACGACAGCCAGAGCUAUGUUAUUAGCUUCUUUAAAUAAUCUUGCCUCGGUUAAUCCAAUUGUACCGCCUCCAGCGUCACUGUCUACAUCAUUACCUGUUAAUGUUGCAACUGCAAGUCAUACAGUUGGUAAACAGUCUCGUAUCGGUGAUAUUUUCCAGUGGAUUCGAGCUGCUAUCAAACAUGAAUUAAUGCUACUUGAUUUGUUAGAAUUCUUGAAUCCAUCCUCAUUUAUUAGCAUCGAAGAAAACAAUCAAUCAUACGGUGUAUCUAAACCAAAUCAUUCGGGACAAGUAUCCUUAAAUGAAUUAAUUAGACGAGCUAAAAUUAUUUUGUGCUAUGCAGCUGGUUUACCGUCACAUGCUAAUUCUUUGGAGAAUAAAAUGGAGUCAUUGAAUCUUAUUGGCCUGUCUGAUGAACUAAUUACUGCCGCCACUUGUUUUCUAUUGAUGGUUAAAGAAUAUGAUUUUCUGUAUCCUACAUCUACUCCUAUGCAAACAAUUUCAUUACCUUCAGAGAAUAUCUCAUACUGUGUUACAUGUACGGCUUCUUUGCAUUUGAUUCGUAUUCUAUUGCAUUUUCAUGAAGUGUUACAGUCAACUGAAAAUGUUAACAAAAAGAUGAAUAUAAAUUCAGAGAAACAAACUUCAUCAUCAUCAUUAUCAACAUCACCGGUGUUUAAAAAUCUCUUGAGUGCUACAGUUAAAUAUGGUGAUUUAGAAAAAUUAAAAAUCGUUAUCAAUGAAUUUUAUGAAUUAAUACUUAUGCGUGGAUGCCUAUUUGUAGAAUAUUCUAAUUCAACAGACAAUGUGAUGAAUAGUAACUCUAAAGUCUCUGGAUCUGAACAACAGCAACAACAACAACAAAAUAAUAGAAACAACUAUCACUCAGACACUUCCCGUUUAAGAAUUACUUCACCUAGUUUGUAUAAUAUCAUUGGAUUAUUGGCAACGAUCGAUAAAGUAGCACAGUUAAUUAUCGCCACCGGUCUCAACUUCCCUAUGAAUGCUAAACUCAAAAAUUCAACAGAUUCAGAACAUGUGUUUAUUGGAUUACAAUUAUUAGAUUAUCUUAUUAUUGGUUUUGCUCAAAUUGCUCAUCAAGUGUGUACAAAGUUCAGUUUACGUAUUUUAAAACAAGUAGUCAGUUGUUUUUCAAUGAAUAAUACUUUCGAUGAAUACAAGACGACUAUUGAAUCAUCAAUAACAAACAGUGAAGAUAAUGGCACUACCGCCUGUACAAAUAAUUCAUCGUCUGAUUUACAAUCAAACACUACAAAAAUGCGUACAUCAAGAUGGGAUAAACCUUUAACAGAGCCUGCAAAGAAAGAUCGUAGACGUAAUCAACAACAUGAAAAAAACUUGACUGAUCAUCAUCAGAAAGGAGUGAUAUUAUCAUUUCUAGAUCAACAAUUAUGGACGCUAAACUUGGAAUCACAUUCAUUGAUCAAUGGUGAAAUGUUGUGUGAUCAUUUAAAUUACUGCUUACAUUGGGGUUUAUCUGUUCAACCCGAUCGAAUUGAUUGGCUUAUUCUACGUGGUGAAGUGGAAUUUUUCAAGAAGAACUACCGUUUAGCUCUAUCAACCUAUUUGGAAUACGGCAGUGUUGUUAUUGACUCAUUUUCGAAGAAUACUCUGUCAAUAUAUUUUACGAAAGAGCUAGUGUUUCGAAUGAUGUGUUGCCUUCAGUAUCUGGGAUUAUUUUAUGAAAGUGUAGUACUUUCACAACUUGGUCCGUCUGAUGAAUCCCUUAUCGAUAGCGCUAUCCUACUGAUCAAUAGUUUGGGAGAAAAUUCCAACGGUUGGCCAUUAGUACAAGUAGAUACUUUCACUACUGAGAUUGUAAAUCUUCAAAAUCAACGAACAACUCCUUCUUGUAAUGAGAGCUCUUUAGACUGUUUACGUGGAUCUUGUGGAGGCACAUUUCUACACACCACACUUGACUGUCCAGACAAUUUAAUUCCAUAUCUUUGGAAUGUUCGUCUGCUGUCAUCGCUUGAAUCUUCUGCUUCUAAUCGUGGUGCAUUAUCACAGUCAACGAAAUUCAGAGCUCGACUUAAUAAUCCUGAAAUCAAUGUUAACAAUCCAGAGGAAAUAUUAUCAGAGAGUAGAUGUGUAUUAAAUUUAAAAUAUCUUCGUUAUUUAUGCAAUCUUUAUUUAAUUUAAUCGUUUACAAAUAAUGUACAGUUUUUCGUUUUUUAAAAAAGUUUAUUUUUAUACUUUUUUAUAUUUUAAAUAAACUAUUGAGUUAUUGGAGUUGAGUACUUCUCAAUUUUUUUAAGGGGUUGGACUGUAGAACAUUUUCUUCAUGUGUCACAUUGAUAAACUUGAAAAUAUUUUUUCCUUCCCGUAGUAGAUUUUUAAAAAACAAGCAAUAACUGUGAAAAAUAACAGCAGUAUUUAAUAAAUUCAUAACUUU